UCCAGACCUGGCCAGCCUGCCAGCCUGACUAACCAGCUCCUCCAGGCCCCAGGCGUUGGGGGUGGGGUGCAGCACGAAGCAGCCAGACCAGCCCCUGAGCCUCUGGGGUGAGGCUGGCCAAGACAUGGGGCUUCCUCUGAGGCAUCCUCGCCUGCAGCUGCUGCUGCUCCUGGUGCUGGGCUGGCUCCAGCCCGACGAGAGCCUGGCCACAGAGCUGAUCCCCUACACGCCACAGAUAACAGCCUGGGAUCUGCAAGGGAAGGUCACCGCCACCACGUUCUCUCUGGAGCAGCCACGCUGUGUCCUUGACGAGUAUGUGGAAGCCACAGACACCAUCUGGCUUGUGGUGGCCUUCAGCAAUGCCUCCAGGGCCUUUCAGAACCCGAAGACGCAGGCCGAGAUCCCAGCAUCCCCACAGCUGCUGACCGAUGGCCACUAUAUGACGCUGCCCCUGUCCCUAGGCCAGCUGCCCUGUGAGGACCCUGUGGGUGGUAGCGGAAGUGUCCCCCUGCUGCGGGUUGGCAAUGAUGCUGGCUGUCACCAGCAACCCUACUGCAACGCCCCACUCCCUGGCCCUGGACCUUACAGGUCCCUGCACCCUGCUCUUUGCAAGCUUCCUCUGGAAGGCAGCUCUGCUCAUCCCAGCUGGGGGCAGGCGGCAGGCAGAUUUCCAGAGGCUGAGAGGCCGAGGUGGGCACUGGGGAGCUGGCAUACUAGUCAAGGUGGGAGGGGCAGCUCCAGGCUCCCACCGCCCCUCCUGCAGACGUCGGGCAGGAAAGGCGGCCCCUACCCCUUACAGGCAGAGAUGCUGAGGCACAGGGGGCCUGGGGCCCGUCAAGGUCAGGCUGGAGCCAGAAUGAGAAAGCAGGUACCUCCUCCGUGUCUAGGGCAGGGCCACCCAGCCACAGGAGGGCCAGUGUCCUCAGGGAGAAAUGGGCAAUGGCUGGGAGCAGGGACGGGAAGGCGGGGUGUGGGGGCAAAGCAGCACCUCAGAUCACAGGCCCCUCUCUGCCAGUUCACACAGACCCACUCACCAGCUCCACCUGCCCAGGACCACGCCCUGACUCAGCCUCUGGCCUCACCCCACUGUCCCCACCACAGUGCCAGCCUGCUGGAUCCCUCACUGCCCAGACUUCUCAGCGCCCCCUCCAGCUUGACCUUUGGUGCCCUCAGGCUCGUCCUCCUGGUGACUCUGGACUGAGUGCCACUGCCCUGACCUCACCUUUACCCAGGGCACCCAUCUCUACUCUGGGCCUUCACGCUCCUGAGGUCUCCUCUAGGAAGCCUGGGACCCCCCUCCUAGCCACCUUCACCUGCCCCCCUUAUACAUGGCCUUU